UCUGUAUAACUUUGUAUCAAGGAGUGACAUUUCAAUGUCUGGUCAACGUAACGUGGGUGUUGCUUCGUAUUAGUAAUUACUAUUUAUCGUAUUCAAUACACAAUAAAAGGACAAGUUUAAAUAUCCCAUAAAGGGCCUUUUUAUCUCAAGUUAAAGUACGAGUGGUGGAAAACUCUUGAGUAUUUCAUAUCUGGUGAAAAUUUGAUGUUUAGAAGACAGUGGGCGACGGACGCGAGUGAAGUCAAGGCCUCCUCAUCUUCACCUUUAUUUUCGUACGGCUUAUUUUAUUUUUGUUUCAGAUUGGUGCUGCAAACAACUGAAAUGGCUGGUGGAAUGCCUGACAGGAAUUUCCUUAUUAGCGUUUUCCAGCAAGUAGACAAGGAUGGCAGUGGAGCUAUUGAUGCAGGAGAGCUGCAGUCUGCCCUCUCCAAUGGAAACUGGACACCAUUCAAUCCAGAUACUGUUCGAUUGAUGAUUGGAAUGUUUGAUAAAAAAGGGUCAGGCACAAUCACAUUUGAAGAGUUUGGAGCAUUAUGGAAGUAUGUGACAGAUUGGCAACAGUGUUUCAGGGCCUUUGAUAGAGACAGUUCUGGUAAUAUAAGUAAAGAAGAGCUCAAGACAGCUAUUACUACAUUUGGAUACAGGUUUUCAGAUCAGUUUUAUGAUGUGCUGAUGAGGCGUUUUGACAGAUCUGGAAAGGGUGUAAUCCAUUUUGAUGACUUUAUACAGUGCUGUAUAGUACUUCAUACAUUGACAACAGAAUUCCGUCAACAUGAUCGGGAGCAGAAUGGAACUGCCACGUUUUCUUAUGAACAGUUUAUGUUGAUCAUGGCAAAAGUCUUAUAAGGUUGAGAAUUUCAGUGGUGUUAAGAUGGCUUCUGUUACAUACACUAACCCAGGCCUUUAGCUUCCAUGACACGGAUCGCGAUGGUGUCAUCACAAUCACCUAUGAACAAUUUCUUCACAUGGUGUUUAGUCUCCGAGUGUAGGCAGUUUUAAUUACUAAUCUAGAUACAGUAUUGCAUUCAACAAGUGAAUCAAUUUAAUGAAUUUUCUUGCAGUAAGAAGGUUGUUGCUCCAUAAAAUUUUAGUCACAUUAAAUUUUUUUUAUUACAAUUUGUAUAAAAUGUUAAAACUAUAAUGAAGGCAGUAUUAAUGUACUAAUGAAGGCUAGGCAGAUUAUGUUAAUUAGCUUUUAUUUCAUCUUAAUUCUAUGUUGAAUAUUGCAGGCCACAUAUGUCUAUGGCAUUAUAGUGUAGCUUUGUUAAUUAUGGGGAAUGCCAUAGAUAUUCUGUUACUCAGAUCCUCAUACUAUUGCUUUAUAUUUGAAGAAUGCUUGAUAAUUUAAAGUAAUGGUAGGUAGACUUAAAAUAUACAGUUUCCUUAUGUUAUAUUAAAUGUGAAUGUUUGUGUUCAUUAAAUGCGUAUGACAGCAUGAAUUGAUGUGCUAGAUUUAACACAAUGCUAAAAAGAUUUAGAAAUUGGCAUACAUUUUUAACCCUUCUAAUUAAUAAGUAAUCAACAAAUGCUAGUUUUUCAUGUUUGUAUGUAUGUGCUGUAUAGUCACAAGGUGCUUCAUUAAUCAUUUACAGUUACUGUUGCUAAAGAACCUUCUUCUGUACUUUCAUUAGCAUAUUAUAUAUGCACUCUUACAUUUUUAUUUGUGUUGAAUAAUUUUAUAUUUAUUUUCACUUAUACAAACAGUUAUUACAGCAGGCAAAAAAUCUGGAGCUGUUUAGCCUUGCAUUUGAAUACUGUAUAAUAAAGGAAUGAAGUCUUACAUUUUUAAAUUGGGUUAAGUUUAACAUGCAUAAUUAUUUUGUAACAAACUUCCAAUAUUUCUAGAGGCCUUAAAAAAGUGAAAUUUAGUUAAAAGUAUCUUAAUGGGGAAUUCUCAAUAUUUAUAAUUUGUGCAUAAUUUUAUUUAGUUACAGUUAUGUUCCAAAAUUUAUAUCAUACACUACUUAUUAACAUUAAGGAAUGUUGUGUUUCAGUAAGUAUUUUAAAGCCAGCACUUAAUCUGUGUCAUGUUCAGGAACAAGGAUGUAGACUUGAUAUUGCAAUACUUCAUUAUCACAUUGCAAUUGAGUAACAGCACCAAGCCUUACUUUCAGACAUUUAUUGUAUGAAAUUCUUCUUUGGUACUGAUUUAACUCAUUUAUAGUUUAAUUGACUGUGUUGAAAUCUUUUAUCACUAUUCAAGUAAAUGCAUCCUUGUUUAAGAAAAAUUGAUGUUCCCACUGGAGAAUGUAUAUACAGUUAUGUGCAUGGGAGAUUUUAUAUUUUUAUAUGUGUUAAUGUAUUCUGUAGAUUUAAGGAACCUACCUUUAGAAGUAAAAUGUUUUAACUGAACAAA